UGGUUCAUUCACUUAUCAAACCAACAAAUGAAAUGUCAUAUUUGUAACGAAAGCUCAAUUUGGCAGAGCAUUAAGAUUCCAAAUUUUAUUUUGAUAAGAAUUCCUCAUUCAUUCUCAAACAAGUUACCUUCUUCCUAUUGUGUAAAGUUCAAUAGAUAUAAUGGACUCAGACGAAGAAUCAUUCGAUGAUGUGGACUCAGGUAAUGAAUCUAGUGGUGAUGAUGUUGAUUUUCCUAUGGAAGUAGAAGUUUCUAAUCAAAGAGAAAAACAGAAUGAUUCUGAUGAUUAUCCCUAUGAAGUACUUUCAACAGAGGAAAUAGUGCAGCAUAUGGUGGAUUGCAUAAAAGAAGUGAACAAUGUGGUAGAGAUUCCAACCACCACCACAAGAAUAUUGUUGAAUUAUUUCCGAUGGGACAAGGAAAAAUUAAUGGAAAGAUUUUAUGAUGGGGAUCAGGAUAAACUUUUCUCUGAAGCAAGGGUUGUCAAUCCUUUCACCAAGUUCAAUAUUAGUUCCAUAAAAAAGCCAGUAAAAAGGUCAGGAAGUAGUACAGAAGAAUGUGAAAUCUGCUUUACAAUACUUCCACAUUCUCAUAUGACCGGCUUGGAAUGUGGACAUAGAUUUUGCACACAUUGUUGGAGCGAAUAUUUGACAACCAAAAUAAUGGAAGAAGGUGUAGGUCAAACAAUUGCCUGUGCAGCACACGGUUGUGAUAUUUUGGUUGAUGAUGCUAGUGUUAUGAGACUUGUGAGGGAUUCUAAAGUGAGACUCAAGUACCAACAUCUCAUCACUAAUAGUUUUGUUGAAUGUAAUCGUCUCUUACGUUGGUGUCCCACUCCAGAUUGUAACAAUGCGAUCAAAGUCCAAUAUGUAGAGCCACACAAGGUGACUUGCAAGUGCAAUCAUACAUUCUGCUUUUCUUGUGGCGAAAACUGGCACGAUCCUGUCAAGUGUCACUUGUUGCGCAAGUGGAUCAAAAAAUGUGAUGACGACUCUGAAACGAGUAAUUGGAUAGCAGCUAACACUAAGGAAUGUCCUAAAUGUAAUGUCACAAUUGAGAAAGAUGGAGGUUGUAACCACAUGGUGUGUAAGAAUCAGAACUGUAAAGCCGAUUUCUGCUGGGUAUGUCUUGGACCCUGGGAGCCCCAUGGGAGUUCCUGGUACAACUGUAACAGGUAUGAUGAAGACGAAGCCAAAGCUGCUAGAGACGCCCAGGAAAAAUCCAGAUCAGCAUUGCAACGGUACCUGUUUUAUUGUAAUCGCUACAUGAAUCACAUGGCAUCCUUAAAAUUCGAACACAAACUAUACGCUUCUGUGAAGGAGAAAAUGGAAGAAAUGCAGCAACAUAACAUGAGUUGGAUCGAAGUACAAUUCCUAAAGAAAGCAGUGGACAUUCUGUGUCAAUGUCGACAGACCUUGAUGUACACAUAUGUUUUUGCCUAUUACUUGCAAAAAAAUAACCAGUCUGUGAUUUUUGAAGACAACCAAAAAGAUUUGGAAAGCGCUACAGAAACGUUAUCUGAGUAUUUGGAGAGGGAUAUAACGUCUGAAAAUUUGGCUGGAAUCAAACAAAAGGUUCAAGAUAAGUACAGAUAUUGUGACAGCCGUCGGAAGGUUUUACUGGAACAUGUACAUGAAGGAUACGAAAAGGAAUGGUGGGAUUACAAUGAAUAAAUAUGUAAAUACAUAAAUAUCCAGUUUCAACUGAAAAGGUCAAUUGUAUGUAUAUAAAAAGACCUGUUCAGCUCAAAACUACAUGAAUCCUUUGAUUAAAUAAAGUUAUUUUGCGGUUUUGUCUCGUUGAUGUAGAAAUUUAUUAUACUAGGUGAUUUCUAGAUUACACAGAUAUGCUGAGGAAACGUUUCAAAAUUCGUAAAAAUGCAAAAUACACAUUGGUUUGAAUAAAUUCGCUUUUUUCCAUUAAAAAAUAUAGUGUGUCUUGUUGAUGAAAAAAUGUUUUAGGAAUCACCAGUAUGCACAAAAAAAAAUUAUUACUUAUUUUACUGACUUAUAAAACACAUGUUUGGAAAUAAUUUCACAUUGAAUAAAACUUUCUUCAUCUUACCAUAAGACCAAACUUCAAAUGAAGAUUUAUUGAAGGAUUAAGGACAAUUAAAUGAACUUUAAAUUUACUGUUUUUUAUUCAUGUAAAUUAUUCCAUUUUUUCAUGAUGAAAUUUAUUUUAUUUUUCCUUGAUUAAAAAUGGCUUUAAAAUUCCUUUCAAAUGUAAUUUCAUGUUCAGUUUUGUUUAUCGAUGAGUUUCAAGGUAUAAGACGAUCUUUUGAAUUUUGUUUUGUAAUAGAACAUAAUAUUGCCCAUAUUUGUAACAUAGAUAUAUUUGUGUAAAAAAUAGAAAAUAUUUAAUUUUAUAAGCUGAAAGAGUAUUGAUGAAGUAAAAUAUUAAAAAAAUUAAUUUAACUUAUGUAGCAAAAAUCAUCAUAAUGAAUAAUAUCUGUUCAACUCCAGAUAUAUAUCUGGAUAACAGGGUGCUCAGGUUAAUUAUUAUUAGUCUAUAAAACCCAUUGUAUGGUGCAAUUAUUUUUUAUAAUAAAAGUCGCUUAAUUUCAAUAAUUAUCAAUUUGUUAGAGCUUCGGUAUAACUGUAGUGAUUAUGAUUUGUUAGGAACAAUAUUCAAAUGAAAGCUACUUAUUUUUUGAUUGUGAAAAGCUUUAAUCAAGCAUCGUCUACUGAUUUAGAUUGUUGCUUCUGUUAGUAGGACUUUAAUUUAUUAUUUCAUCUCAUUAUAAGUUAUUCAGAAUGUGAUUGUACAGAUUAUAAGUUAAUAAAAGAUUAAUGAGU